CAUGAAAUGUAUAAAUAGAAUCUGUUUCAGGUGUCAUGGCGCAGGCUCGGUUGGCGAUGUUCUCUCGUUUCUUCCGACAAAACCAACCAAGACCCAUCACUUCUGCUGUUUGUUGUGUGUUUAUUUCAUGACAGCUUUCUACCAGUUUCGUUUCUUUCAAUAUCAGGAUUUCUCCAGUUUUUAAGGAAUAUAAAUGAAGUACGAAUAUUAUUAAUAUUAUUGCAAGAAAAAAAUGAUAAGACAACUGAAGGAAUGGUAAGACACGAUCGUUGUUAUUCGACUCAAGCAUCAUCAUAUUGUGAUUUCUGUUGAGGAUAAAUCGCAAAAUCUGGAUAUAUAAUAUAAAAUACAACAUCGAAGAAUAAAAGAAUCAAGCGAUCUGACGCAAAUAACAUCGUUGGUAUUUCUGCUGCUUUUCUUACCAAAAUUCGAAGCCAAACUCUUGUGCUGUAGACUCAAGGACAACUUCAGUUUCCACUACACAGGGCCAUUAGAAUUGUGUACAAAAAAAUCUGACAAUAUUAUGAGCCUUGUGCAAAGCUUUUUAGCUUAGGAAAUGGAUUGCAAUUAUUAAAAUGGCUGAAGAUGAUUACAACUUGUCUUUAAUUGAUGGUUAUGACAGUUACAAUGAGAGUAAUAGUUCUGACAAGGAAAGGUCUGCUGAGAAAAUCAUUGAGUCUCCAGUUCCAACAGACACUAAGCCUACCAUUCUAGAGAAACCAGCCCCUUUACAUUUUAUCAAUGGCAAAGAUGGCAUGGCAACUUGUGAAAAGUGUGGUACUGUUGGUGUAAAGCAUGCUUUCUACUCGAAAUCUAAGCGCUUCUGCAGUUUGGCUUGUUCUCGUAGUUUUGCUACCGCUCAACGAGAAGGCAAGCCCAUUGUGAAAUAUUCUUCAAUUUCUAGCCAGAGUAAAAUGUGUAAAAAAUCCAAUAUAAAAUCUUCCAAUCUGCAAUAUUACCAUCGAAGUUUCCCAACAUCAAUCAACUGCAGCAAAAGUGACAAGAUUUUUGAUUGGGGACCUUAUUUAAAAUCUUCCUGUGCUGAAGCUGCCCCUGUUAGCUGUUUUAAACAUGCUGCAAUGAGUGAUGGCUGGGACAACAUUACUGUUGGCAUGAAAGUAGAAGUUCCCAACUAUGACACAGACCUUGCCAAUGUCUUUUGGAUUGCAACUGUUACCAAAAUUGCAGGUUAUAAAGCUCUGAUGAGAUAUGAAGGUUUUGGAAAUGAUUCCUCUAAAGAUUUUUGGAUAAACCUUUGUACCAGAGAUGUCCACCCUGUAGGGUGGUGCGCAACCAUCGGCAAACCGCUUGUUCCUCCAGAAUCUAUUCAAACCAAGUAUGCUGAUUGGAAGGAGUUUUUGGUUAAGCGGCUUACUGGUGCGAGAACACUCCCAAGUAACUUUUAUAAUCUGGUGUUAGAUUCUCUAAAUGAUCACAAGUUUAAAAGGGGAAUGCAUGUGGAAGUAGUGAACAAGAUGUGCGUUUCAUCUAUGCGGGUUGCCACAAUUGAUGAAAUUGUCGGUGGGCGUUUGAAAUUACAGUAUGAAGGGGAUGAGACUAACGAGUUUUGGUGUCAUUUCAAAUCCCCACUUAUCCAUCCGGUUGGUUGGUCGCAACAAGUUGGACACAAGCUUACUGCCAGUGCUGAAUACAAGGCCGAUUGUGCUGUGAAGCUUUCAACACAGAACUAUGACAGUAAUGAUGCCACACCGUAUAUGUUUCGUAAAGAAAAAGACCCUCCUGCUCUUUCCAAUUCCAAGCUUUCAUUUGAAGUUGGUAUGAAGUUAGAAGCUAUUGACCCCCUAAAUCUGUCAGCCAUUUGUGUGGCUUCGGUUAAUAAGGUCUUAAAAAAUAAUUAUUUAAUGAUUGGCAUUGAUGGCUCCCUUGCACAAAAUGGCUCGGAUUGGUUUUGUUAUCAUAUAACAUCUCCUUGCAUUUUCCCUGUCAGUUUUUGUGAAGUAAACAAUUUAGAGCUGACCCCACCUCGAGGAUAUAAAAGCCAAUUCCAGUGGUUUGAAUAUCUCAAGGAAACCAGUUCUGUUGCUGCACCAGUAAGAUUGUUUGAUAAAGAAAUUCCAAAACACAAAUUUAAAGCUGGUAUGAAACUAGAAGCUGUUGAUCUUAUGGAACCAAGCUUGAUCUGUGUUGGCACCGUUGGCCGUGUGGUAGGACGUCUCCUUCGAAUCCAUUUUGAUGGUUGGGAGAAUGAAUAUGACCAAUGGGUCGAUUGUGAAUCCCCUGAUCUUUAUCCUGUUGGAUGGUGUGAAAUUGUUUCUUAUCCAAUUGAGGGACCAAGGAUUAAAGAAACUUCAGCAACCACAUUAUCUGCAUCCAUGGCUAAUCGAAAAAGAAGGGGCAAAACACAAGUUUACAAAGGUCCAAGGAAAAAAAGAAAGUCUAAAUUAAGUACUCGACCUCUUAACCAAAACGGCUCAGAGAACUUGAACUCUUGCCCACCCCAUGUACAGCUGACUUCAGAAGCAGUUGCAGCAGCAUUACCUCCUUUAUUGGACAAAAGCAAUACUGACUCCUUCCUUGAAACUGGUUGCUUAAGCACAAAAGGUACUUCAAGUUUGCCAUCUUUAACAUUCCAUAUCUUUUUUAGUCAAAAUUACUUUUCAUUUGAAGUUAGAAUAAUUACCAUAUUUAAUGGUAUAUAAAAGGCACUUUAUUUA